AGAGAGACGGAGAGAGAGACGGAGAGAGAGGGAGGGAGAGUGUGUGAGCACUCAUCUGCCUUCUGAAGUCCUCCUGCUGCCGCUUGCAGAGUGGUGAGAGGGAGGGGGAGCUAGAGUGAUUGGCCGAGAGCAGCGGGGAAGCGGCAAAGACGCGGGAAGCGGGAUGGGCUGCCGUGGCAACUGAGGUCAUCCGAGCGUGCGCCGGUAAACGUGGUGUUUGGCCGCAGCCACCGCCACCACCACCAACCACCACCGCCACCCCCACCAGGACUUCACCGAGGCCACUGCAGGUGCUGUGGGGAGGUAGAGGGGAGACCUGUACUGACCCAGGUACCCUACUCCCCACCCUACACCACGCCCCCCCCCCAAUCCCGAUCCAUGCCGUAUGACACCUGUUACACAGGAGCAGCCCGGAGGCGCGGCGGUCCAGGGAUCGGAGGAUGAGUGCGGUGGCGGAAGAGGGGGAGGCGGGGGAGGGCUGAGGAGGACGAAGAGGAAGAGGAGGAGGAGGACGACGACGAGGAAUUGAGCCGCUGGGCAGUGUGAAAGGACAAAAAAGUGGGAGCCUUUAUUUUUUUCCUGCUUCUUGCUUUCAACUGCCGGGAGGCAGAUUGUCACUCCCCCACCCCCCCCCCCACCACCCGCCGGCCCCCCAGGGAGCAUGCAGGUGUUUCAGAUCGUCAAGGAGCUGGUGUCUCCGUCCAGACGCCGGGCGGCUGCCAGAUUCGGAGCGUCUGAAACGGAGCAGGGUGCGGCGGCCAGACUCGCGCAGGAACGUGCCGAUAUCGUCGCCAAAUAUGACAAGGGUAAGGAGGCCACUGUGGAACCCUGGGAGGACACAGACUUCCGCCUGUACAAAGACAUCGACCGCUUUGGUUUCCGCCAUGCGGAGGAGCUACCGUCCUCCGACGCGGUGGAAGAUAAGCAAAAGCACCUAGAGCUGGAGCGGACCUCCAAGUGGCUGAAGAUGAUGAAGAGCUGGGACAAGUACAAGAACAGUGAUAAGUUGUCUCGGAGGAUCUACAAGGGGAUCCCUCUGCAGCUCCGGGGGGAGGUGUGGGCCCUGCUGCUCGACAUCCCCAAGAUCAAGGAGGAAAAGAAGGACUUCUACGAGAAGCUAAAGAUCAGAGCUCGAGGACUGUCGCCCGACAUCCGUCAGAUCGACCUGGACGUGAACCGCACCUACCGGGACCACAUCAUGUUCAUGCACCGCUACGACGUGAAACAGCAGGCUCUGUUCCAUGUCCUUACAGCCUACUCCAUUUACAACACGGAAGUGGGCUACUGUCAGGGUAUGAGUCAGAUCACGGCGCUGCUGUUGAUCUACAUGAACGAGGAGGACGCCUUCUGGGCCCUGGUCAAACUGCUCUCAGGGCCCAAGCACUCCAUGCACGGUAACAAACUGGGGGCUACGCCCGCCCCCCCCACCCCGACCUCCACGCUGCUCCAGAUGGUCCAGGCCAGGGGCCGCGGCCACGCCCACGCGGCGGCCAACCACAACUCCAACGCGGCGUCCAGCUCCCGCCAGCCGCCCGUCGGCCCGCGCUGGGUCAAGCCCUCGGAGACCAAGCUGGAGGCGGCCAAGGCGGCGGCGGCCCAGGAGGUCCGCCGCAGCCGGGGCUCCAGCCCCGACGAGGCCUCUGGCGCGGCGGGCCAGCGGCGGCCCCCGUCGCGGGGCCUGGUCCCGGGCGCCGACCGCGGCUCCAACGCCUCGCAGUACGACAACGUCCCCGAGACGGGGGGGCCCGCCGCCCUCGAGGUGCCCGAGCCGGACGGACCCCCGUCGCGGUUGAGGACUCCCCCCGUGGAGAGCCCCUUCCGCACUCCGUCCCCCCGCCAGCCCAGCCCCGUGCCCCCUCCCGGCAGCGGGGCGGGGAGCAUGGGCUCGCUGGUGCUGAGCCCCGGGGGGCCCCAGGCCUCCCGUAUGACCAGGCACCACAUCCCCCCGCCGCUGACCCUCACCAGCCCGCCGGGGGGGGGGUACCACGGGCCCGGACCCCGGGGCCACUACCCGGCCGGCCCCCACCACGCCGCCCAGCCUGCGCCCCAGCAGCAUCAGCAGCAGUACCCCCCCGGCCGCCAGGGCACGGCGCCUAACUUCUACCCCGGGGUCCCGGACCCCCGGCUCGGAGACGAGAGACUCUACGGCCCGCCCCGGCCCCCCGGGGAGCGUGCCUACGCCACGGUGCAGCACCCCCACCCCAACCACCGCCACCCACAGGGCCUGUCCCCGGAGAACAACCACCCGUACGCCACCCACCACCGGUACCCCCCCAACGGGAGCCGGGACCCCCGCAUCUUAGCCCCGCUGCCCAUGGACUCGGGGCAGCCCAUGCUCCGGGAGGGCGCCUUGUACCGCCAGCACCGUCACAACGGGCGGUCGGCCACGCCCCCCACACACCCCCAACACCACCACCUCCACCACCACCACCAGCCCCAUGCGGACUACAGCCUGGUCGACGGGCAGCCGCCCCCGCCCGGUCGCCCCCAGGGGUCGGAGGGGGGGACGGGCCGAGACCCUCACUCCUCCUCGGGGGGCGUGCCCCGGUCGACCAGCUUCCAGCAGGCGCAGAUGUCGCCGCUGCAGGAGUUUGUUUUCCCCGACGUGGCGGCGCCACACUUCAGGACCCCGUUCCAGCAGCAGCAGCAGCAGCAGCAGCAGCAGCAGCAGCAGGCGGUGAUGCAGCAGCAGUUCCCGGCGCUGUUUGGAGCGCCGGACUACCGCCACGCUCAGGAGGCCUUCGCCAUGCAGGAGUCCAUGCUGUUGUGAGGAGGGAGACCGAGAGACCGAGAGAGACACACACGGAGAGAAUGGUUUGAGGGGAAACAGGAAGUGAAAGGUGGACCGACGGAUGUACUGUGCUGGAGGGGAGAGAUUUAGAGAAUAAGGUGAAGUCACUCACACUAUGGCAAUAGACGGGCUUUGAUUCUGACGUCGGUUAGGAUCGUCCUCGUGUGUUUUCGUUGGGGUUUGUUUCCGUUUGUUUGGGCGGUCGACUCUUUUGGUUAAGUUUCUUGUGUAGUUUUCUCUGUGUUGUCGGUUCGUUUUAAGUGUGUUGUUUGCUUUGCUGUGCUUUAUGUGUUAAAGUAGGGUUCUCGCUGGCUCCUCCACUGCACUGCGACGGUGCGGGUCAACCCAGCCUCCGGAAGUUUCCACCGAUCACUGUAAACUAUGAAAUGAUGACGCAACGACCUGAACGGACCGAGAGAGAGAGCUAUUUUAUUUUUGGAUGUGAAAUCAUUGCGAGAGGUGACAUUAUAUAUGUAUCUUUAUAUAUAGAUAUGUAUACAAGUGUCUUUUUAGAGUCUUAAAUGUACAGUUACUAUUUUUUUGUUGUCGUCAUUACUGUAGUAAUACUGAGUAUUAAAAUCAGUAGGGGGCGGGCUGUACUCCCGGAGAGACAAAAAAAACACAUCCAUUCCUUUUCUUUUUUUAAUAUAUGUUUGCAACAGAUAAUUUACGUUAGUUUUGUCCGCCGUAUGCGCGUUGAUCUUAUUUUUUUGAAAGAGAAGAGUUUAUGGUUAAGCAACUAAUAUAAUAAUUUGUUUACUGAGAGUUGUGACUUCUAUUUUGACUUGAGUACAAGCACCUCCAAUUUAGUUAUUUUUCUUUGUCUGCUUUAUUUUUUAAUGAUUGGAAUAUUUUCCUUUUUGUUAUUGAGAUUAUUCUACCAUUGCUGUUUCGGCAAUGCUUGUUCUUGAUCUGCUGAUACAUUGGUGUACACAUGGAUACAUUUCAAGUAUGCAGGCUUGUGUCAAAUUUAGAUUUUGUUUUGCUUGAGAAAUGCCAAGGGCUGUUUUUGUAAGGGCUCUUAGAGAGAAAUUGUGUGCGUUUGUUUUGUCAACCCUAUCCUGAUUUGCAGUCUUAUAUUACUUACAGAACAUUAGCUGGACGUCAUUUUCAACACGCGUCACAUUCACGCAAACACGCACACCAUUACGUAGGCCUACAUUUAACUUGAGCAAACAUUAAAUAACAUUGUGUAUUACACUCCGUAUUCACAUGUACACUAACAGUGCCCCCUAGUCUUCAAUGUGUGAAUCACACAUUUCAGUCGCUAAUUGGCCAUAUGCCGUUAUUUCUCAUUAUUUGGCGUAACCCUAGUUGUCAACAGUAUUGCAAGUACUGUUUUUAUUACAUUCCCAUUUUUUUAUCAUCAGACUAAUUUCCUUCACAAUUCUCUGAUUCUUUGUUUAAUAAAACAAGUUUGAUUGAAAUCAAUAA